AUGGUUGUUAAGAAAUCAUCAAAAAAGCAAAGCACCAUGCGUGAGGUUAGACCUGAGGUCUUCCAGGAUUCACAAGCUAGAAACCAAAUGGCUAAUGUUCCUAAAUUAACUGAGAGAUCAAAGAAGAGAAAGCCAAAUAAAUAUGAAAACAGUAAAGAACAAGCUCGUGCUAGACUAUAUGGUGUUAAGAAACAGCCUCGUAAAUAUAGUGAUAAGGAAUUGGAUAUUCCAACUUUAAACAAAGCCAUUGUACCUGGUGUGAAAUUAAGACAUGGUAAGAAAGGUAAGAAGUUUAUGGGAGAUCAUGACUUAUUAGCUCUUAACCGUUUAAUAAACACAAUUGGUGACAAAUACGACGACGUAACAGAGAGUAAACUUGAGAAAGCAAGAAGACUUGAAGAAAUUAGAGAAAUAAAACGUCAAGAAUUAGAAGUUAAAGAAGCUGCAAAACAAGAUAAACUAGAAGAAACUAAAGACCAAAUCAAACAUAAGUCAUCAGUUGCAAGAACGUUACGUAGAAAGAACAAACGUGAAUUAGAGAAAGCACAAAAAGAAGAAGAAGAUGCUAUGAAAGAAAGUAAGAAAUCAAAAAAGAGGGUUUCUUUUGCAUAG